AUGGAUACUGACAACGAACCAGAUAUUGAUUGCCCCUUCGUGAAGAAGGAAAAAAGUUGUAAAAUCUGUGGCGAACAUGAAGGACCGAUGGAAUCAAUAUUUUGCAAUGCGGACGACACGGCACUCCUGAACAAAAUCUACAAAUGCACCCGUGUGGAAGUGACACCAGUUUGUGGCUUGAUUUCACCCAUCUGCGAGUACUGCCACCGGCGGAUCGAUGAGUACGACGAAAACGCGCAACCGAAGGUGGUCGAGUUUGUGAUCAAAACCGAGCUGGAACCCGAACCGCUUGAUUAUGAUCCGCUGAAUGUAGGCAACCUAGUCGAUCCAAUGGCUAUUGAUGUAAAAUCUGAAGAAGAUUCGGAAGCCGGCAGUGACUAUGCUGAAAGACACAUAAAACGGCGAGGAAGAAGAAGAGUAGUUAAAAGUCCUCCUCGAAGCAGGACAAUUCGAAGAUCCGGUAGAGCAAGGCUGAAUGUGGUUUUCAAAAAGGCGCAGAGAAGCACAAGCAAAUCAAGUGAAAAAAGGUCUUCAUUUGAUGAUCGAAGUUCCAAUGAUAACGGCGAAGAAGAGGACGUCGCACUUUCGCAACAUUCCGUCGAACUCCAGCGGUCUUCAAGAUCGCGCAUUUCCUCUCUGGAAGAGGAAAAAUCUAAAUCCAGCGACUUUGAAUCGGAUCUCGGCGAGGAGAAUGAGUUCGAGAAUGGGCAUGAAUCAGCACCAGAGGAAGAAACAGACCACGCAAGCCUUUCUGAAGAAGAAACCAAAAAACGGGGACGACCCAAGCGUAAUCAGGGAGCAGCGAAAGCGAAAAAACCGAAACGUCCCGAAUCACCGAAGCAGUGCGAAGUGUGCGGCAAACAGGUGCAGUAUAUGCGUGAACAUAUGCGCCUGCACCGGAUCGAGUCGCAGCAUCCCUGUCCACACUGUGAUCGAACGUUCGUACAGGCAAAUAAUCUAAAGUACCACAUCAGGAAACAUUUGGGCGAAAAACCGUACGCUUGUGGGCAAUGUAAGAAGGAAUUUUACUGUGAGGCACAUCUGAAGUCCCACAUGCGAGUACAUGGGCCGCAGGGUUUGUUUCAGUGCAGUUUGUGCCCGAAAAGCUUCAACCAGGAGUGUAAUCUGAAGAAACAUUUGCGGGUGCAUACGGGUGAGAAGCCGUACGUGUGUGAUAAGUGUGGGAAACGGUUUAACAGUACCUCCAAUCUGAGGAAUCAUGCACGGUUGCACUCGGAUGAGCGACCUCUGACGUGUGAUCACUGUUCGAAAAGUUUCGUCGAUGUGCAUCAUCUGCAGCGGCACAUACGGGUGCAUACGGGAGAACGACCGUAUAUUUGUCAUGUGUGCUUCCAAGCCUUCUACUGCCAGACCGGUCUAAUGGACCAUCUAAAGACGCACAUCGAAAAAAAGGCUUUCAAACUAGACUAGCUAAAGAUAA